AUGUUGAGACCUGUCGCCACUGUUGCUCUAGCCUUUCAACAUUCGCCUUCCAAUAUUCCGAACCACUACUAUCUUGGUGUGAAGGUGACGGCGCCCGUCAACGCUGCAACUCCACCUCAUACGCACGGCGGCGGUGCCAUCGUAGCUACCAUGAUCAGAGGCAAGAUGCUCAACCAGAUGGUGUGUCCCAACCACGACCCAGAUUCUCAGGGCUCAGGGCCGAAAAUCUAUGCCGCUGGAGAAAGCUGGUAUGAGCCACCUGGCUGUCAUCACGUCCGCUCAGAGAACGUUGGCGAUGAGCAGGCAGAAUUCAUCGCGACGUUUGUCAUCGAUAAGGAGACGGUCAAUAAGGAAGGUGGCGAGGGUUGGUGGUGA